AUGGGCUUGGAGGCAGCGGAGCUCGCACGGUGGACACGGUUCGCAGCCAAGGGUGGGAUCGGAAAGUGCAUCGCGUUGUGUGACUGUGUCGCCGAGAGCCCGGACGAUCUUAUGUUCUUGAAGGACGAUGAAAUCACGGUGUUGUAUCAGAUACCAGAGCUUGAGGGGACGUACCUCGGCUACUGCGAAGGCGUAGUCGGCCGCUUUUCUGGCUCGAACGUUCAUUUCCUCACGCGACUCAAGCGUCCUGUCAUGACCAAGCGCGCGAGCGUUGCCAGUGUGUCUGCAGCCUCUUCUGCGGGGGGAAAGAGCCCGACACCUGGAGGUGGUGCGGCUGGAGGAGCAUCGGGAUCAGGUCGAAUGAGUGCAAGCCCCGCACCUCCGCCAGGACAAGGACAGGGUCCAAGUCCGAGUCCUGGUUCAUCACAGCAAAGACGUAGCUCCAGCUCUGCUUCCAACCCGUACUCGCAUUCCCUAGAAAGACGUGGGUCGACGUCAGCGUAUGGUUCAACGCCGCGGGUUAUGUCGCCCCUUUCCAUGUCUAUGUCAACGUCAGCAUCGGGACCUGGAUCAAGUUUGGGUGGCGCAGGGGAAAAGGAUAUAGAGAGGGAGAGGGGCAUAGAGACGCGCGAGGGUAACCAGCAUCAGCAACAGCCACGAAAAGCGAGUGCGGGGUCUGUAUCUUCCUCAAGCAUGGUUGACAGUCCAUCUACCAAUGCACCAGGCGUAAAUAUUGCAUACCCAGACUUUUCUGCGCCUCCGCCUCCUGCGCGCGUUGGUGUGCGGAAUUUGGCUGUCACUGGCAUGAGCCCGCCGACGAGUCCACGUGCGGGGAUAGCGAGUUUUGGGUCAAUGGGUGCGUUUAGUUCAUCGCCUCCACACGCGUCAUCAUCAGAUCCCACACCCACACCCGCAUCAGCACCUUCGACCAGUGUACCCAUUUCCUCUUCUUCCGCAUCGAUAUCGACAUCCGCAUCGAGCUCGACCUCUUCAACACCUACAUCGACGUCCACAUCGCCGACACCAUCACCCGCAUCUGCGCUCUCGCUUACGGCCACAAGCGCGUGGCCGCUCCCACCUAGUGCGACGCGGCAUGGCGGUGGGUUGCAGAGUGUCGGUAUGAGUAUGAACUUGGAGCACGCGAUGGGGAGGGAGGCUGGACAAGUGUCGGAUUCGGAUUGGCGUACGCAAGGUCAGCAACAACACCCUCCAAGUACGCAGCGAUACACCGCACAUGCGCCGUCGCCUCUUAACCUCCAUCCCAAUUCACACUCGGUAGAACCUGGUGGGACCUCGCCGUUGAGGAUUCUGAAGCGAUCGCCGACGAUUGGUGGGUCUUUUUCGCCUUCUCCUGGACUGUCUCCUGGGUUGUCGCCCGGUGUGUCGAUGUCUCCGGCGCUUGCGUCGUCGUAUGGAUCUGGCACUGGUGGUGGCGUCGGUGCGGGUGUUGGGGGCGUAGCGCCUCUAUCUCCCACCUCACAGAAUGCAAACGCGAACCCGCCACCAUCUGCAGCAUCGCUGACAUCCUUCAUAUCCGCGUCGUCUGCGAGCGUGUAUUCGCGGAGUUCGGGGCCUGAGGGUGUAGAUGAAGGGAGUGUUUAUUCGCAGGACGACGGCGACGAAGGGGAUGACGGUGAGCGGACACAGUUGGGUCAUGGUCGUGUUUCCGACACGGUCCAUGGACAAGGUGGUGGUAUACGCGGUGGCUUGGGUGGGUUGGACGCGUUGGCUGCGUUGGAUACCAAGGAACUUGGGACUGGAAAUGGUGCUGGAGCAACUGGAGGAGGGCAAGGCGGUGUGGGCGAUAUCGGGAUGAGCCUCCUCGACGGGCUCAACGCGUUUUCCGACUCGGAUUCGGAUGGGGACUCGGAGACGUCGUCUGUCGCGUCGUUGCGUCGGAAAACGCGGAAUCGAGGGGCCGUUGGUGGUGGUGAUGUCGAGGAAGAUGAUGAUAGGAGUGUUUACGGGAAUGGAAGUGAGGAAGGAACCGUUGAGGGUUUGGGAUACGCACUUUCUCUGGAUGGACACGGGCAGUCUAUGUCCUCCAAUACAACUUCCACAACCGCGAUACCCGCGACCGUCCACGAAUCGCGCAACGAAGCUGCGGAGGAAGACGAUGAUGGAGAAGGCCAAGAAAUUCUCGCUCCGCUUCCGGCGCAUACAGGAACGCUUCCGCUCUCUCCACGCUCGCCAAAGUCGCCUCGAUCGCCCGCGUUCUCGGUAAGAAGUCUUCAUUCGCUGCAAGGUUCAGGAAGACCUCCACCUCCAAAUGCACCGAGUGCUUCGGGAGUCGUACCUCCUCCAACAAUACCAACGCGCGAACGUACGUCUUCUCAUGCGUCUCUUGCGCCGUCCGUGCACUCCUCUAUGUCCGCGCUGUCCGGCGCGUCGUCUGUGCGGUCAGGUAAAGCUGAUAGCCAGCGCUCGAGCUCUGACUGGGAUGGUGCUGCGGAUAUUUAUGAUGAUUAUCGGUAUUCGAGAUAUUCAAGAUAUUCAAGAUAUUCGAGGUAUUCUGUUGGGACUGUUGGGAGUGGGAGUGGGGGGAUGGGGAGCGAGGAGAUGCCCGCUGUGCCAAGAGAGAGGAGCGAUUCGUCGGGUAUGGGUGUUGGUGGUGGUAGUGGGAUACCAGGCUCAGGGUUGAGACACGAAGAGCGGAUGGAUGACGAGGACGAGGCGGUGGUGGAAGAUGAUAAGAUUGCAGAUGCACAUGACGACACCCCGCGCAAGCGCAACACGCUCUCACAGACACGUGAUACUGCGCAUAUGAGGACGGCGUCGGUCGACUCGGACGCGUCGGUGUAUACGCAGAACAGUAGAUUGUCGGCGGCGUCUGUUGUGAUGGCUAUGGAGGCUGCGUUGGGUGUUGGUGCUGCCGAGGAGAAGAAUGGAAAGCCGGCACAUGCGAGGCCGGCGCCGUUGACGCUUGUCAAGUCGAAUUCGUACGAUAACGCUGGACUUGACACUGCGACUGCGACUGCGAAGGAUCAAAAUACAGCAGGAAAUGGGGAAGCGGUGCGUUCGCCGCUGCUGAACACGACAUGGGGAUCACCGCUGUCGUCGCCUGACUAUGCGUCCGUUACGUCGCCGAAGAGCAGCGCGGCGCUGUACACGCCUGUACCAGGGAGCGUGAACGUGCACCGGGUGGACGAGGGCGAGGGUAUGGGUGAUGAUGAUGAGAGAGAAAGAGCGGGUGUGCGGAGCCCCGCUGCGAUGGUCUCGCCUACGCUCGGUGGGUUCGCGAGUCAGAUGCGCAUGCGCCUUGAGGAGGAGCGGCGGUCGCCUCUGCCGAAAGCAGACGAUGCGGAGGAGAGCACUGUUCAGCUGGAGAGGGAUACGGAUAGGUCGGGGUUAGGCCAUCGGAUUGUAGUUGAGGAUGAGGACGAGCUGCCGUCUCGUAUUUUGAACAGCACUAUGUCGUCGUCGGAGGAGCAUGAUCACGACCAAGAGCAAGAUGGAGAUGGGAGUUUGUUGGCGUCUUCAUCUGCGGGUAAACACCUUGCGCCGUUGGGCGUUGCCAACCGGACGCCGUCGCCGUCGAUUGGGGAGGGUAACUCGGAUAUGGACGAAGGUGAUGUGAGCACGCUCGAGAGCCGGCUGAAGAGUCUUGAGAGCGAGGAUAAGGAGCAGGAGAAAAGCAAGGGCACGGAUACUCCGCCUCCUGCGACACACCUGCGCCCGUCGUUGAGAGAGCUCAGGGAGGGCGGGAUGGUGAUCGACCCUGGCACGAAUCAGCGACGAAGCUUGUUUAUGCCCCAUCCGAACGCGCCCAAGGCGCCUGUAGGCGUCGAGCCCCAAGGACCGAUGUAUAUUGCCCAGGGACCGCCACAGAUGCGCGGUGUGCCUCCGCCUGGACAUCCACAGCAUCCACAGCAGCAGUGGAAUGGUCCACAUCCACCUCCACAUCUUGGCUAUGGACCACCUCCACCCCAACCGCGCCCACAUCUUUUCGCUGUCAUCCGAAUGGCGCUCUCUCUUCCUCCGGCUCCGCCACGCGGCUCGCAACAGCAACCACAGCAGCAGCAGCGCCCUGGACCGACGAUGCCACUCCGUGGACCUACGAUUUAUGGGCGCACCGAAGUUGACCUGUCCGCUGCGAUGGGCCCCGUGCCGAUUGUAUGGAGUGUUGAACCACCUGGUGCAGGCGGCGCGAGCAAGCCGCCUCCUGGAUCUCAACAGCAGCAAAUGCAGAUGCGGAGCAAGAGUAUGGGUCCAGGUGGGCCUCCUCCCCCUGCGCGUGGUGGUGUUGUCUCGCCACCGCCGUCGACGCCUGCGUCGCCUGUCGGUGGUGCGCCCCCUGGAGGUGUUAUACCCCGUGCGAACUUCUUCCCGAAGGCGCCUGGGCUGCGUCCGCGCUCGAGGAGUUUCUCUGGGUUCAAUUAUAGUAAAGGAGGGUCGACGCUUGAGGCGGUUGUGCCUGUUAUGACAGAGGGCGAGGGUAGGCGCCGGGACACUACAUCUGCCACGCCUGCAUCGGACAUACUUUCUGCGAACGCGAUCAAGCGGUCACUUGUCAAAACGACGAGUCUUUCUGCGCUGCGCUCUGCAGCUGGCGGUACGUCCUCGUCUUCUGCAUCUUCUUCACCUCUCGCAGGACCUGGAUCUGGAGCUGGGCCUGUACGUCCUGCGUCUUCACAACCUACAUCCACAUCCACAUCCAGUCCAUCUUCCCCUUCCUCAUCACCAUCUUCAAAACCGUCGCCACUUCAUCCGUCCUCGACACCCAACUCGCCGCCUAGCUCCACGUCGAGUUUAUCACCUGCACUGAAACCAACCAUCGCUUCCUCGGCGCCGUUAAGACCAUCGCCGUUGUCAUUGUCGAGUAUCAAAGCUGCGUCGCCCACACCUCCGCCGUCUGCUUCAUCGCCUUCAAUCGCCAACUCGAAUGCGUCGGCGAAGGUUCCACCAUCUCCUUUAGGUUCGAAACCGCCUUUGUCGCCAUUAGGCUCGAAGCCUCCUUUAUCGCCUGGCUUGAAUCCUGGGACGGCAGGGGUAGCGGGGCAGAAACCGCCUAGCAGUCCGCUUGCGCAGAGCGUGUUUACGUUUUCGGGAGCAGGAGGGGAUCGGGAUAGUGUUAUUGAUAAGGACGGAGGUAAGGGUGAAGAUGGGUUGAAUUCACGCGCUGCGUCGCCUUCUGCACAACAGCAACAGCAACAGGGGCAAGGCCAGUCCUUUCGUGCUCAACAAAAUCAGGGCCAGUCUGGGCAGCAAGGGCAAGGACAAGGGCAGGCGGUGAGGAGUAUGUCACUAGGCGCGUCGGGAUCUGCAAAUGCACUUUCAUCUUCAACAUCGUCAUCUACCACGUCUACAUCCAAUUCAACUUCGACUUUGGGAUCAACCUCCCCUCCUCUUCAAAAUGCGACAAUCUCACCACCCUUUGCUAAUGCACCGGGCCGGACGGCGAGUUUGCAAGCUUUACCUGUGUCGAGAAGUUUUAGUGCGGAUAGGAGGGAGAGGGAGAGGGAUAGUGAUGUGAUGUCUGUUACGAGUGCGCGGAGUGCCUUGCCUGCUUUUGGUGCCGCCGGUGGUGCGGGUGCAGGUACGUCGAGUUCAAAUUCGAAUGCGAGUGCUCCAGGUACGGGUGGUGGUGGUGUGGUGAGACAGACGUCGUUACGGUCCAAAUUGUCACUUCCGAAUCUGCGUCGAAAGCCACAGACAGCAACCUCGCCGCCUUUCUCUUCCAACGCCUCCAACGCCAACGCCAACUCCUCGAAUUACAACAACAACAACAACAAUGCGUACACCUACGCCCACGCGCGAGCAGACGAUGACGCUGAAGAGACGCUUCAGAUGCUGCAAGUGCAGGAUAUGGAGUUUGAGCUUGUGCGGCCGACGAAUUUCGGGUUUGGGUUUGGGAGGCGGGAUGGGGAGGCUGCGAGGGGAAGUGAGGAUUCGGGGGUGUUGGGUAUGAGUGGGCUCGGUGCGGGUGGUGGUGGUGGUGGUGGCCAGCGCGAUAACGAGAAAGAGCGGGAGAGGGGGUUUUCGAUUGAUGAUGCGGGUAGUUCUGGUGGUGGGAACGGUGGUGGAUUCUUGCGCGCUGCGAGCCCUGCGUUCUCCAUCUCUUCAGGUGCAGGGAAGAGGUCAAAAUCGCCUGUUGGCGAGCUCUUCGCGUCGUCGUCGUCCUCCUCGCCACAACACGGAAGCUGGCCGCCAGCUCCGUCCUCCGCGUCGUCGAUGUCUAUAUCGCGCAAGCAGGCGGAGGAGAGUAUGAGCGUGGCGGAUAUGGACGCGCAUAGGCAGCGCGAGGCGCGGUGGAUGGGGAUCCUGGCCUCGUCGGCGACGCCGUCGUUCGAAGCGCUCCCUCCGUCUGGGUCUGGUGCGUCGCCGCUUUCGUCAUCUACGUCGUCGUCUGUGCUUGGAUCUGCGACAUCGUUCAACCCCCCGUCUCUCAUCGCCUCUUCGUCGUCGUCAUCCUCCUCCUCCGGCACCCUUUCGGCUACCGGCGGGUCAUCCUCGAAUGCGAAUGCGAGUGCGGACGCGGCGCUGAGGCGGUCGAAGAAAGUGAGGAGGUUGUUGUUGGACGGUGUGCCUUCCUCCGUGAGAUACCUCGUCUGGUCGUUUUUGACGGAUGGGAAGGGGAGGUGUGUGCCGGGUGUGUAUAGGCAGCUGUGUGCGCGGGGAUGGGGUGGUGGCGGUGGCGGUGGGGGGUCGUCGUCGUCGCGCGCGGGUGAGAGGGGGAGGGGGAGGGUGAGAGAGGAGAUGGAGAGGGAUGUGAGGGAUGUUGUGAGGGUUUUGGUUGGGGGUGGGGAGGGUGGGGACUCUGAUAGAGGUAAUGGAGAAGAUGGGGAUGGGGAGGGUGAAGAUGGAGAUGGAGGUGGGGAGAGACGAAGGGUUGAGAAGGAGAGGAGGGAGAGAGAGCGCGAGGCGCUUUGUUUGUUGCAGGCGUAUUUGAACAUGGUGCCUGAUGUUGUAUAUGAGCGCGGUCUGACAGAGAUCGUUGCGCACCUCUUACUACUCGCACCGGAGGAAGACGCGUUUUGGAUCUUUGUGUCGGUUAUGGAUGCGCAUCUGAGGCCGUAUUUUGCGACGGGGCGGGUUGUGCUGGCUCCUGUGUCGUCGUCGUUGGGUUCAGCUUCGUUGGGGUCUUUGGCUUCAAAUCAUACCGCAGCUUUAGGGGCGGCGGUAACAGAGACGACGACGACGCAGAUGGAAGUCGACGCGGGGCUGCUUGUUAAAGCGCUCGAAGCGAACGAUCCGGUGCUUGCGAAGAAGCUGUUUGGAUCUGGGAAUGGAUCUGGGGAAGGGGGGUUGGGUGUGCGUCCUGCGCGGGUGUGUGGGCCUUGGUUCUCUUCGCUCUUCGUCUCUGCGCUCCCGCCUGCGCAUCUCGCGCGCAUCUGGGAUAUAUUCCUAUUUGACGGUGUGCCGUUCCUGAUACGUACGGCGCUUGCGUUGCUCGUUUGUGCGCGUGGUGCGUUGUUGGGAUGUACGUCGGAGCGGGCGGUGUUGGAGGUGCUUGGUGUGCUGCCUGGGCAUUUGCGGGUUCAGCAGCAGCAACAGCAACAGCAACAGCAACAGCAACAACACCAGCACCAGAACCAGCAACAACACCCGCACCAGCAACAGCACCAGCAAGUAAGAGUGCCGCUCUCCAUGGCGCCCGACGCGUUCCUCGCGCUUGCGCUGGGUAUGAAGCUGAAAGACGAUGAAGUGCGUAAAGUCCGCGUGAAACUUGAGGCGGCGAUGAGGAGGCAGACUGCUGCUGUUGCUCACAAUUCUCUCUCUCUUUCUGGUGGUGGUGGUGGGGGAGGUGGGUUGGUUGCGGGAGGGGGAGGUGGAGGUGGAGGAGGUGGUGGGGCAGGAGGGGGGGGGAGGGGGAGGGGGAGGGAUGUUUGGAUUUGGAGGUGGAGGUGGAAAGGCCAAGCCGCGCGUGGCGAGUCGGUAGUCUCGAAUCCAGCGGUCCAGCGGUUUGAGGUCCUGAGGAGGAGGAGCACUCCCGCGCGGUUCCUGCCUUCAUGCUUCCUCCCCCCUCCCCCCUCCCCCCCGCCUCCUAGGGGAAACCCAUAA